AUGCAGGAGCCUGUCACAGCACCGUGGGGUCUGAGUAUCAGCGACGCCGACUUUGAGAAGCUCAGAGCUGGUUUCGAACCUCAGGAUCAGGAAGAUAAAUGGCGCGUCUCGGUCACGGAGCAGAGCCGGAGCGGUACUAUCUCCAUCCACUUUGCUCGAAGCGGGACGGGCAAGGAAUUCUAUGUACUUGUUGUGAAUCCAAGAGACGGUGGCAGCAACAGUGGCGUGAAGAUCGAAGCUAUCACCUGGGAACAGAACAAGGGUGGAAUUCACAUCUCGGAGGAGCAGGCCAAGAAGGAAGUAGUGAUUAUAACCAGACGCCUUCUGGAGUGCGAUUUUGAGGCACUUCCAGACGAUGCAUUCCAGCUGGACAAUACUCUGCAACCAGUACGCAUGUCGUAUGGAGUAACCUAUGAAGUACUCGAUGUCGGCUGCGGGGAAGGCGUCCUAACAGCCAAACUAGCCUCCCAUGUUAAACGGAUCGUUGGCGUCGACGCCUCGUCGAAUAUGAUAGAGCACUUCCAGAGAUCAUGUCCCGACAUUGAAUCCCGCGUUGUGGACUGCCGACACUUGGAUCAAGUGUCAGAUCUCACAGACGGAAAGUUUGACAAAGUCUUCUCUAACGCUGCCUUACAUUGGAUCUUACGCGACCCCGAAACCCGGUCUAAUGCGAUCAAGGGCUGCUUCAAUGCGCUCAAGCCAGGGGGAUUCUUUGUGAGUGAAUCGGGCGCGCUCGGAAACGUGGCCGAGGUGCAUGCGGCAAUCGUCAGUGCUCUGGUCAUUCAAGGAAUUCCGGUUGAAGAAGCCCGAGCAGCUUCGCCUUGGUGGUUCCCUUCCCAAGAAGCUAUGAAACAGCUCCUGGAAGGGGAAGGCUUCCAGUGGGUUAAGGGCGAGGCAGAGCUCAGACAGACGAAGCUGACAGAUCACAAAGAGGGCGGAAUUGAAGGAUGGAUCCGCCUUUUUUGUGAGCCUUUCCUUCAGGUUUUACCAACCGUGGAGGCUCGCAAUGCAGCUGUCAAACAUGCUGUUGACGUCCUCGAGGGUGUUGGAAGGCAUCAACACGAUGGUUCCUUCACAGUCAAUUACAUUCGACUUCGGUUUGUGGUGCAGAAACCGUUUUAG